UAAAAGUAAACCUUACAAAGUGACAACAAUCAAGAGGAAUGUCAAAACGCAAAGCCGACAGCGCAGAAGGGGGAGACGAAAUGACAUCCACAGCAGCAAAAACGAAUGCCACAGAUCAGGAGAACAUUUUCGUUAUUGGCACCGCAGAGCCGCUCAAGGACUACAUUAGACUCAUCGAAACGAAAGUAACGGUCGAUCAGAUAGUCGACGACGCGGUGACCAAGGAGAACUUCAAGAGAAUCGCCAGUGCUGCCCGCGACGUUAUAUGGAAACUGCUGUUCAGCGACGAGUGCGGCGAUGCUGAGUCACAGAAAAAGGCCAGCGAACUGCUCGAAGAGCACAAAAGUGACGCAAGCUUUUAUGCGCCGUGGCCGUACAACGAGUGGAUAGUGAAGGUGCGGGACGAGCUGUUGAAGCGGGAGCUCCUCGAUUUCUGGCGGGAUACGAUUGUGGCCAAACAGUUGGGUCCGUGCUGGUCCCGUGACUCGGAUCUGUUUGACAGUGAGGAUGAGCCGCCGCUGGAGUUCUAUGCCCAUGCCGGCUGUGUGGCGCCCUUCGCGGCCAGCCUGAAGGCGCGCGCAGCCGAGAAGGCUGCCGCCAGCGGUGACGAGGAUGGCAGCCAUGAGGUCGAGCGUGAUUCCAAUAAUGCGUCUGCUCUGGCUGGCGAUUUUGAGGCGCGCAUCGGUGCAGAAGAGCCGCUGAGCGACUAUCGUGACCUGAUGAAGCGAUACGUGCUGACCACCGUCAUUGUGCCCGACGAGGUGCACAAGAAGAAUGUUGAAAAGAUUGGCCAGGCGGCCCGCACAGCCAUCUGGCAGCUACUGUUCGAGGGCACGCCGACCGCGUCGGAGUUCGAGAAGGCCGCCGAGCUGUUGCAGGAGUACAAGAGCGACGCUGGCUUCUACGGGCCCUGGGAGUACAAUGAGUGGAUUGUCAAGCUGCGCGACGAGCUGCUCGAGCGCAAGAUGCUCAGCUUCUGGGGCGACACUAUCGUCAAGCUGGAGCUGGGGCCAUGCUGCUCGAGGGACUCGGAUUUCUUUGAUGCCGACGACGCUCUUCCAGCGGAGUUCUACAACAAGGCCGGCUUCAAGGCGCCUUUCGACUCACCCUAAAAGCCUUAAGAACUAUUUGAAUAUCUUUGUGGAUUACUAACC